CGGCGAAUAGUUUGCGACGGCGGUACGGCGCGGGUCGGUGGAAGAGUAGUUUUCUCGACCAGCGCCGCCACCUUCGGUUAAGAAUGUUCCCCUCUCGCCGCAGCCGUCUCCACUACCACCUCUCACUAACAACCAAUCGCCUACUAGUUAUUAUAUACCUGUAUAUCGGCUCAUGAUAUCGGCACCAUUGCCGUAGCACAAACUCGCAAUGCUCAGUAGAGCAAUAGCAGUUUCACACGUACGCACGGAAACGAUUGACUCUACGCAUGUGCUCCAGCCUCAUUUCCUGUACCGUCUCAAAAAUCCCAAGUUAAAACUAUUACCGAAACAGCGACAGUGUCACGUGUAUUUGUGUAUAUCGGUGAAAAUAUUGGACCUAAACAGUUUACGUGACUACGCUACUUCGGUCGUACGACUUCAAGACAUUUUUGCGGCGGAGACGUUCCACCUACGACGACGAUAGAGACGACUAUCAACUUUUCGUGGUGGCGUAUUUGUCCGUGCUUGACAAUUACGACAAACAUCGCGCCCCCGCUAUGAUUCACAGCGGCGGCGGCGCCGAUUGUUUUACCAGUACCACGGCCAACACGACGAAUACCGGUAAUCCGACGACCAUGAUGAUGGCAAAUAUACAACAACAACAACAACUAAUACAACAACAACAGCAGCAGCAACAACAACAGCAGCAGCAACAGCUAACUGUUGCAGAUGCCCCUACGGAUUUCUGGUGGUGGUCGACAACGACGGCCCAACAAAACGCCGACGACGGUGGUGCGGUAUCCGGGCACCAACACCAGCAAAUAUCGUCUUCAUCGUCCCAACAGCAACAGCACAACCAAACGAUGGACGGAGACGAAUUUGAUGGUUUCGACUUGUCACUGCUCAUAAACGGUGCAAGCGACGGAUACUUCAGCGACGCCUCGUCGGCCGACUGUCGUGUGCCCGGGAAUGCUAUUUCCGCGACGGUUACCGUGCACACCAACACGUCCAUGGACGUCGGUGGUGGCGAUGGCAACUGUUACUACUCGACACCAGCGACGUCGACGUCACUGCAACAGCAAUUGGAGCUACAGCAACUUCUGUCCAUAUACGACGACAUAUGUUCCUUAGAAGAUGCAAAAUCCAUUUUCCAUCAGCAGCCUCCGGUGGCGCCUGCUGUGGUGUCUACCACGACCGCCGGUGUCCGUCAAUCCAAAACCCCCGUUCCAGUCAUCCCAGCAGGCCAUCUCAUCAACGCGUCGACAACGGUGACCGACACCGCCGCCAAGGACCGCGUCGGCAAGACCACUCUGCUGAGAUCGCUGUUGACAGCCACAGCACCACAGCCCGCGAUACCACUGUCGCCCACACGCCCGGCCGACUCGCCACCAGCAGCCGUAGUCGAAUCCACCACGGAAGUGGCGACGACGCCGACGACUACGACGACAAUCAAACACGAGGUCGUCUCGCCGAACAGCCCCAACAAAAGCAACAACAACAACAAACACCGACUGCUGAUCGAAAUGUUACGUGGUAGCAACGCGGACGACGAUGUCGUCCCGACGGCUCCGACGGUGCGGCCUGCGCGCCGUAGACCACGCACCGAGACUAUCGGUUCCGACGAUGAAGGCGGGCCGCCGCAAGGCAUCCGACGCCGACUGGACGCGCCGCCGUCUCUGCAACUGGACGGCGGACAGGCGUCCAAGCAGGACGUCGCGGACGACGACGAACUUCUGUUAUACGGCGGCCCUUAUUAUUCCGCCACGACGUCGCCGUCAUGGCUGGACCGCAUGGUGGCAGCGGCUGCCGCUGCGACAACGGACGCCAGCAAUGCCGAUUUUUAUUCAUACACCACAGACACCGCAGCAGAUGAGCAGGCGCUGCACCAAGAUCUCUACCGUCGGCGACAACAACAACAACAACAACAACAACAACAACCGGAGCAGCAGCAGAACGGCGACCGUGCAGUGGACAUUGUUAACAUCGUGGACGACUGCUGCAGCGUCAGCGAUUAUUGCAACAGCUACGGCAUCGGUGGCAGUGGCGGCUUCGACCAAGGAUACUACUCCGUUGCUUCGGCCGAUGUUGCGUACAGCCCACAGACUUCGGCUCCAGUGCCAUCGGUCACGCCACCGCCAUCGUCGUGUGGCGACCCAUCGACGACGAGCACGAGUGACGACGGUGAUAAUAUGGCCCAACAAAUGGCGACUUGGAAAACGACUGAAGUAACAGCAUCCGACGACUAUUACGAUAGAUUGCUGAUGACGGUUAUGAUGGAGGCGGCGGCUGCGGCAUCCACUGUUCCAUCGCCGGCCAGCAUCUCCGGUACAGCUGACAAUGUCGGCUGCAGCUACAUCAGCAGCAGCAGCAACAGUAGCAAUAGCAGCACUUGUAGCACUACGUUCAAAAGUGUGACCGGUGAUAGUGGCGACGUGAACGCCGACGGUGACAGCAGCAACAACAUGUGCUUCAAAAUCGAAGUGGAUGACGACGAGUAUAACUGCGGUGAUGCGGCCACUACGACGGCCACCAAUGACGACGAUGACGACGACAACGAACCGGACGUAUUCGAAACGAAGUAUCAACCCAGGCAGACCCUCGUCAAGACCGCCGUGACGUGCUGUUCGACAACGGCAGCCGUGGUGGAGCCGGAAAACAAGACAUUGUCCACCGCUACGACGGCUGUCAGUCCCUCUGGAUCCACGUCGUCGUCACAACACAUCCACUUGUGGCAGUUCCUCAAGGAACUGUUGACCGCGUCAUCAGCAGCCGCGGAGCUGCAGACGGCCACCGCGGAAGGUGACGUGGUUCACUGUGGUGCUUCACCAUUGUCCCCGUCGGCGUCGUCGACGACGCUCUCAAACGCUGUGGGAAACAAGCCGCAGCAGCCACAGCAGAUGAUUCGGUGGCUGGACCGGAAGCAGGGCAUAUUCAAAAUCGAAGACAGCCAGGCUGUGGCCCGUCUUUGGGGACGCCGCAAGAACCGGCCUGCCAUGAACUACGACAAACUGUCCCGGAGCCUGCGACAAUACUAUAAGAAGGGCAUCAUGCGCAAGACGGAUCGCUCCCAACGGCUGGUGUACCAGUUUUGUCAUCCGUACAACGCUUGACGAAACAAAACAUAAUAUAAGAGAAAAAAUGUACAUAUAUUAUUAUUAUUAUUGGGUCUGUGUAGCAAUUAGAGUGACGAAUUGGCACAUGAGUACACAAUAUAGUUGCUUAGAGAACGCUAUAGGCGCAAUUUCAACUUUUGACUUGGGGGGGGGGGGCUGAAUAUAUUAAAGGCAAGCAGACCAUUGCAAUAUAGCAUUUUAAAAUUGUAUGUCCUAUGUUUUUUGGGGAGGGGGCUUAGCCCCCUCAAUUUGCGCCUAAGGAGAAGGCUCAGAAUCUAAAAUGCCAUAAUAUUUUGAUGAUUUCAUUAUAUUAUACUCUCAAAGUAUUGGAUUCGAAUUU